ACAGUGCAUUCGCUCGGAUAAAUGUGCGGCAGGCGCGAUUCCAGCACCCGUGACAGUGCAACGUACCAAUAAUUCGUAAUUACGAAGGAUCGAUAUCAAUUUCGAUCGACCCUCUCGUGAACCGAUUUAGGAAGUAAUUGAAAUUGGCGCGAUCGAUCGAAUGCAGAUUAUCAUGUCACGCUCCAUGCUGCUGCUGAUCCUGCUGAGUAUACUGCUACUGAAUUGCCGAGAGGCGUUUGGUCGAAGAGGGCGGACGAGAGGCAGAAGCAAGUCCCGUGUGCAAAUUGGAUUGCCCAUUACCGGGAAAUAUCGUGAUCCGGAGAGCGAUCAGUAUUACAACAACAACGACGGAGCCAAGAUAUUGCUGGCGUCGCACUUCGAUCUCGAGUAUGUUCUGGGACACAAGAUAGCUUUCCUCUGCGUCGCUCGUGGCACCCCGCGACCACAGAUCACCUGGUUCAAAGAUGGCACCGAGAUUUACACCCAUCUGUAUUUACACAUACACGAGUGGCAAGUGGGACCUGACAAGGUGAAAUCGAAACUAGAGAUUGAUCCCGCCACUCAGAUGGACGCAGGAGUUUAUGAGUGCACAGCGGACAAUAUGUACAGUAUCGAUCGCAGGUCUUUCAAAACUGAUUUCUCCAUCGCUUUCGAUUAACGUGAACGUGAUACAGAUACGUUAAUUAAGCCGAGUUUAGACAGACGAUUCGUGUAAAGUUUCACAUUGUAAAACAACUGUCCUGCAUCAAGAGAUUUUACAUCUAGGGCAGCUUACGUUUGUUACGAACAACACCAGAAAUAGAGUGAUAUGGACUAUGAUCGGAUUGCGCGGCGACAAGAAACGAAGACAAAGUAAAUUCACAUUCCACAAGCAAAAUCGUUAAACCAUGCUACAUACUCGUUAGGUCAUUAGUGAAUCUUAAAAGAUAAACCAUAGAUAGUUGCUGUGACUUCGUCACAGCAAUUCUCCGAAUUCGUGUAUAUUUGUAAGAACAAUAUUCUCGAUUAGUUAGAUAUAUAUAAGGUGCAAUAUAAUAAGUAAUUCUUUCUAUAAAUGCAUCAUAUAUAAUUUGUUUCAUGAUUCAUUGUUCAAGCAAAACAGAUUAAUGCCCGGAUAACUUCCGCUAAAAGAAAAAUUCAAUCUGUAAAGUACAAUAGAGUAAUAAUUUCUUCUAGUUUUAGCGUUUCAAUUUAGUCCAGUAAAAUAGUAGAAAUAUAAAGAACAACGCGUGCGAUAAGAUAUAUAACGUUUUCGCGGUCAAAGUUAAUUCUUUCAGGCACGUAACGCAUCCAACAGGAAAAAAACCCUGAUUCUCGUCGCCAACUGAUCGGGGUCAUCGAACUAUGACUUUCGCUAUUACUCCCUCGCUCUUUCUCAAAAAAAAAUAUAUAUAAAUAAUGUAUUAUUAUAUAAUAAUGAUAUAUAAUAUAACUCUU